UCUUUGCUUGCGUCGUUGCUCAGCACAGUACACAGAAACGAAGCACAGCACGCGGGUUUUCUUCUCAUCUUCUUACUCAUUCACGCCAUUUUCUCCUCUGAUUUUCACCAUCAUUAUUGCUCACAAAUCGAAUUCUUCAACCACAAGAUGUAUGGAAAUUCAGAACCUACUCGUGAGUCUGAUUUGGAGUACUAUGAGCGGAGAUAUUACAAUGGCUUGAAGGAUGGUUACUAUAAGUUGGAAAUCUCAGGCUCAACAUAUAGGUGUCCAUUCUGUAGGAACAAAGAUUAUGACUCUUUGAGUGAGCUUCUGAGACAUGCUGCCAGGAUCAUAGGUGACACACGUGAGACGGUUAAGGAGUGUGCUAAACACUCAGCACUUCAAAGGUACCUUGGUAAUCACAAGUCACCUUCUGUUAAGACUUGUAAAGAUAAGUUACCUGCUUUGAGUGUUUCUAUUGAUAAGGAUAGUUCACAUAAUGUUGACAUUGCUGCUGGUGAUGAAUUGUUUGUCUGGCCUUGGAUAGUAAUUCUGGCAAACAAUGUUACUAAAUUUGACCCGAAGAGCAGAAAGCAUGUUGGAAAGAAUCAUAAGAAAAUUAAGGAGGAGCUGAUCAUGAAAGGGUUUCAGCCGCUGAAAGUUAUUGCACUGUGGAACCGUUAUGGACAAACACCUUUUGCGAUUGUUGAGUUUGGCAAAGAGUGGGAUGGUUUCCACAAUGCUGUGAUGUUAGAAAGGAGCUUUAUAGCUGAGCAUUGCGGUAAGAAGGAUUAUUUGGAUUUAGAGAAGCAGGACCGAGGAGAUAGUCUCUAUGGGUGGAUGGCACGUGGUGACGACUAUAAUAAUUUUAAGGACAUAUUUGGUAAACACCUCCGGGAUAAUGGGGAUUUGAAAACUGUUUCUGGAAAAGAAGCUGAGGAUAAUAGGAAAGCAAAAAAGCUUGUCAUCGGUUUGGCCAACACUUUGCUGAUGAAAAACAAGGAAUAUGAACAGACAGCAAGCAAAUUUCAUGAGGCUAGUGAGACCCUAACAAAAGUAAUGGUUCAAAAAGAGGAGAUGCUUGAACUUUUUAAUAAGGAAAUAAGCAAGAUGCGGCAGGUUGAACGUGAUUAUCUGGAGAAUGUCUCUAAGGAUCACGAAAAAGCUAGGCUGGAACUGGAAGCUCGGAGGAAUGAACUUAUGUCCCGUGAAAAGGAUCUGCAGAGGCGACAAGCAAAUAAUCAUACUGAGAGAAAUAAGAUAUAUCUUGAGAAGAAAAAAAAUGAGAUGGCAAUAGCAGAGCAAAAAAAGGCUGAUGAACAAAUGAUGCAUUUGGCUGAAGAACACAAGAAAGCAAAAGAGAAACUUCACAAGAAAAUUCAUGAUCUGGAGAGGGGACUUGAUGCAAAACAAGCUUUGGAAUUGGAAAUUGAACAGCUGAGAGGAGCUCUCCAAGUAAUGAAUCACAUUGGAGAAACUGAUCUGGAAGAGAAGAAAAAACUGGAGUCAAUCAAAAUGGAUCUGCAAGAAAAGGAAGAGGAAUUGGAAGGCGUGGAAGAUCUUCAACAAACACUGGUUGUUCAGGAGCGCAAAACUAAUGACGAAUUGCAAGAUGCCCGCAAAACUUUAACAAGUUGGAUUGGCCUCCCAAAGGGUAAUGCAAUAAUUGCUGUGAAAAGGAUGGGCGAUAUAGAUAUCAAGCCAUUUGAGGAAGCAGCUGAGAGAAAGUUAUCUGAUGAUGUGAAUAUGAAAGCAGCAACUAAGAGAAAACUUUCCUAUGAAGUGAAAUUGAAAGCAAUUGAGUGGUGCUCACAGUGGGAGGAACAUCUUAAGGAUCCAAGUUGGCAUCCGUUCAAAAUUGUAAUUGACAAAGAAGGGAACUCCAAGGAAAUUUUAGAUGAAGGAGAUGAAAAACUGAAAAGUUUGAAAGAAGAGCUUGGGGAUGAGGUCCAUGAUGCAGUAGCUACAGCUCUGAAGGAGAUGAAUGAGUACAAUCCUAGUGGUAGGUACACAAUACCAGAACUCUGGAAUUUUAGGGAAGGAAGGAAGGCUUCGUUGAAGGAGGGUGUUUGCCAUUUAAUGAAGCAAUGGAAGCUAUUGAAACCAACUACUAAGCGAAAGAGAAAUUGAGGCUUCAUUUGGGCGGUAAGAGCUUAGAAUUUGAAUUGUCUGCAGAGAAUUUAAUUUAAAUUGGCAUUUGGCAGACUUUGGUACAUCUCAAAAUUAUAUUUCCAAUGGUUGUUGAUGCUUCAUAUUAGUAAUGAUACUUUCUUUAGGAGUUAAGUAUGGUUGUUAGUUAUAUGCUAGUACUGAUAUCAUAGUACUUUAUUUAGGAUAUAAGUAUGACUUUUGGGUUAAGACUUUUCAUACAAGUUGAACUUUAAAAUUGUUGAUUACUGGUAUGAUAUCAUUGCUAGAACUGUUUUCUAACAAUUAGCCAGAACUACUAUAUAUUGAUGUUCUAUAG